AUGUCAAACGGUUACCCUAUCUCGCCCGUUGCCGAUGGUAUCCACGCAGAUGGCGAUGCGGUAAUGGAACAUGAACGCAGUCCAUCCGAGCCCAUUGAGUCUCACCCCGUCUCCGAGUCCUCCCCCGAACCCGAUGCCGCGGACGACUCAUAUGACGGCGCGUCUGCGGAUUCAGAUGCAGAAGAUGAAGAGGUAGCGGAGGACAAUAGCGAUUAUGACGCCAACACAUACAGCCGUGAAAACUCUUCAUCCCCUCACCCCGACCGCGCUGCGAAGCGCAAAUCCUCACCGGUUAGCGAAACCGACCUGAUCAGACAAAAUCCCGAUCUGUAUGGACUUCGACGAAGUGGUCGUGCUCGCACAACGCGUCAUCUCGCCGACUCAUCCGAUUCAGACUCAGAUGUCAUUGCACCACGUACUAAACGUCGGCGCAAAGAUCCAUCCCAGCAACCCUCUAAGGCUUCCCGAUCGGCUACCGUGUCUUCCCUAUCCGAGUCGGAUAGUGACGAGUAUGGUGGAAAGAGCGCUCGUGCUAGCAAAGCUAGAAGACGACGUUUCCAACAAACUGCUAGCUAUGAACCCUCAUUGAAUGAGGUUCGUUUCUCAACGCGAACCGCCAAAAAGGUAUCAAAUUACAACGAGGAUGACGAAGAAGAUGAAGCCAUGUUUGAAGAAGACCCAGAAGAUCUCCCACCGAACUACUGGGUGGAGAGUUAUGUGGAGGACACUCGCCCCGCUGUCGACGUCGUCCUGAAUCACCGCCUCAAGGAGGGCGUCGACCCCAAAUCUCACGACCUCAACCGCAACGACUUUGAGUUUUGUAUCAAGUGGCAGGACAAAUCACACUAUCAUGCUACAUGGGAAAGCAAUGAAGCUAUUGCGAACUACCGUAGCACGCGACGCGUCGAUAAUUAUGUUCGAAAGGUGCUCAACGAGGACAUCCGGUUACAGUAUAGUGUCGAUGCCCCUCCUGAAGAUCGCGAAAAGUGGAAUCUCGAUCGCGAACGAGACGUUGAGGCCAUAGAGGACUACAAAAAGGUUGAACGAGUUAUUGGCGUACGUGAUGGCGAGGAUGGUACCACAGAAUACCUUGUCAAAUGGAAACGUCUCCUCUACGAUUCCUGUACUUGGGAACCCGAGGAUUUGGUUAGUGAGAUCGCACAACGUGAGGUUGAUCGAUUUUUGGACCGCACUGCUCGACAGCCCAUCUCCGACAAGAAUGAGAUAAAUGUUGCCACGCGUAAAUCCUUUGAGCCCAUCCACGGAACCCCUAGUUUCUUGCAGAAUGGAGAACUCAAGGACUUCCAAGUCAAAGGUUUAAACUUCUUGGCUUUCAAUUGGGUCAGGGGUCGCAAUGUGGUUUUGGCAGAUGAGAUGGGUCUCGGAAAGACAGUACAAACUGUCGCAUUCAUCAACUGGAUGCGCCAUGUUAGGCGGCAGCAAGGACCGUUCAUCGUCAUCGUUCCCCUGUCUACUAUGCCAGCAUGGGCUGAUACUUUUGAUCACUGGACACCAGACCUCAACUAUGUUGUUUACAACGGUAGUGAAAAGGCGCGCUCUGUUUUACGCGAUUAUGAAUUGAUGGUCGAUGGGAAUCCCAAACGUCCAAAGUUCCAUGUUCUGUUGACAACUUACGAGUAUGCAAUGAAUGAUUCACCGUUCCUCGGCCAAUUCAAGUGGCAAUUCAUGGCAGUGGAUGAGGCACACCGUCUCAAAAAUCGCGACUCGCAACUUUAUAUCAAGUUGUUCGAAUGGAAAUGCCAGGCUCGCCUCUUGAUUACCGGCACCCCAAUCCAAAACAACCUUGCUGAGCUUUCAGCGCUGAUGGAUUUCCUCAAUCCGGGUCUCAUUGAAGUCGACGUCGACAUGGAUUUGAAUUCAGAGGCCGCGUCUCAAAAACUUGCUGAGUUAACCAACGCCAUUCAGCCUUAUAUGUUGCGGCGUACCAAGUCCAAGGUCGAGUCGGAUCUACCUCCGAAGACAGAGAAAAUCAUUCGAGUGGAGCUCUCUGAUGUCCAAUUGGAAUACUACAAGAACAUCCUGACGAAAAACUAUGCUGCGCUGAACGACGGGAACAAAGGAAUGAAGCAGUCUCUUUUGAACAUCAUGAUGGAAUUAAAGAAGGCUAGCAACCACCCAUUUAUGUUCCCCAACGCAGAGGCAAAGAUUUUACAAGGUAGUAAUCGUCGAGAAGAUAUCCUCCGGGCCAUGAUCACCAGUAGUGGAAAAAUGAUGCUUCUUGAUCAACUCCUUCGGAAGUUGAGUGUUGAUGGCCAUCGAGUUUUAAUCUUCUGUCAGAUGGUUGGUAUGCUUAACAUCCUGAGUGAGUAUAUGGAGUACCGUGGUUACAAAUAUCAACGGCUUGAUGGAACUAUCCCAUCUGCCGCCCGUCGCUUGGCAAUUGAGCAUUACAAUGCUCCUGGUAGCACCGACUUUGCAUUCCUCCUUUCAACCCGCGCAGGCGGUCUCGGCAUCAACCUUAUGACUGCAGACACUGUCGUUUUGUUUGAUUCGGAUUGGAACCCUCAGGCCGAUUUGCAGGCCAUGGCGCGUGCUCAUCGAAUUGGUCAAACAAGACCUGUCAGUGUUUACCGCCUUGUCUCAAAGGAUACGAUCGAAGAGGAAGUCAUUGAAAGAGCUCGCAACAAGCUCUUGCUUGAGUUCAUCACCAUUCAGCGUGGUGUCACGGAUAAAGAAGCCUCGGAGAUGCAAAACAAGAUGGCUCGCGUAGUUGCCGAACCCAAUUCCACAGACGAUAUCUCUCGAAUCCUCAAGCGCCGUGGUCAGAAGAUGUUCGAACAAACCGACAACCAGAAGAAACUGGAGCAGCUUGAUAUCGAUUCUGUCCUUGCAAAUGCAGAACUACACCAAACUGAAGAGGCUGAGCAGAUCCAAGCUGACGGUGGUGAGGAAUUCUUGAAAGCGUUCGACUUCGUCGAUAUCAAAGUUGACGAUCUCACCUGGGACGACAUUAUUCCUAAGGAUCAGCUCGAAGUGAUCAAGGCCGAGGAAAAGCGCAAAGAUGAUGAUCAUUAUCUUGCUGAAGUUAUUGAGCAAAAUCGGCCGCGCAAGCGCCACGCCCCCACGGACACGACUGAUUCACGGGAGGAACGCAAGGCGAAACGGCUCGCAAGAGCUCAAGUCAAUGUCGACGAUGGCGAGGAAGAGAAUCCUUCAUUGGAUCCUAAGCGCCCCCUCGGAGAAAAAGAAUAUCGUGCGCUCUCUCGAGCUUUCCUUCGCUACGGUGAUAUGGAUGACUCUGAAGAUCUCAUUCUCGAGGAUGCCAGGUUACAAAGUCGCGAUCGGGGCACCGUUCGUGCUGCUCUUCAUGAAAUUACCGACAAGGCAAACUCGCUUGUCCAAGAGAGUCUGGAUCAAUUAGAGGCCAUGAAGCAAUCAGGUAGGAACCCGACGAAGAAAGAGCAAAAAGCUGUCUUGUUCGACCAUCACGGUGUCAAGAGACUUAACGCAUGGACUAUCGUUGAGCGUCCGCCGGAUAUGCGCCUUAUCCGAGGCAUAAUCAAAGGAUUGCCUGAUUUCAGGACAUUCCGGCUUCCUGAGGCUACUAAAUUGGCGGACUACAGCUGCCAGUGGGGUGCACGUGAAGACGGAAUGCUUCUUGUGGGUAUCGCACGCCAUGGAUUUGGCGCGUGGACCCAAAUUCGCGAUGACACUGAGCUUGGCCUCGGCGAUAAGUUCUUCCUGGAGGAACACCGAGUGGAGCGAAAGACACAACGCCUGCAAACUGAGGAGAAGGCAACCAAAUCACCGGGCGCUGUCCACCUUGUCCGGCGAGCUGAAUACCUCAUGUCUGUUCUGAGAAACAAGUACAAUAAUAAUGCUACAGCAAGAAGAGCAGUCGACAAUCACCACCGCAACAAUAAGCGUGGCUCGAGGGUUUCUGGUAGUGGCAGUGUCUCCGCCUCUCCAGCCCCGUCGAGCUCUCGCAGGCCUGAAAAUCCCCGCAAGGGCCACCGUGAAUCCGAUCGAUCACGGCCCCGUCCCCAUACGCAUAGCAGCCGGGACGGAGUUGAUCGUCAUCAUACCCCCAGCCAUGAAUCUCGUCCACGGUCUGGUCUUGAUAUUGAUCGUCCACGCCAUCGUCUAUCUGAUGCCUCUAAUGACGAGCUUCGUCGCCGCAAAGGUCAUGAGAACGGUAGUUCUAAUAAAGAAGACAUGGCGUUCAUGUUCUUCAAGCCUAUUGUUGCCAAUUUGAAGCAAGUUUCAAUGAUCACUGCCAAAAAUUACCCAAGUAAAAACGAGCGGGCACAGAAACUCCGUCUUACCCUUGUGAAGAUUGGGGAAUUCAUUCGCAAUAACCUGGAGGGCUCGCAAUCGAUGCCCUCCUUGGAGGUCCGACUUUGGGAUUACGUUUCACUCAACUACUGGCCAAACAAAGACGCCAGUGGUGCGAAGCUGCAGCAGAUGUUCAAUAAGGUCAUGGAAGCUAGUAAGGCUUCCAAGGCCUCUAAUGGUAGCUCGGCUUGA